AUGGAGCGCCUGAAGCACAAGCGAGCCGCACGACGUGCGCAAGUAACAAAGUUGAUCCAUGAGGUAACAGAGCUUCGGAGCGACCACACCGUCACCAAGACCACACUCAAUGGAUUAUUGGCAAGACUCGUUGCCAGUGACGGCGAUCUUCGAAAGGCCAAUGAAGAAAUUGAACCACUCGUAAAGGAUGAUGACCUCGCAGCCGAAUACGAAGUAAUAAUCGGGUACGAGGAGCAAGCAGCGAACGCUAUCGCGGAGGUUCAAACACGUUUGGCCGAACUGCAGCUAGGAGAGAGAACUUCGCCCGACGCAACGCGACAACCACAAACAGCUGGUCCUCCAGAAAAUCAUCACGUGCAAUCUUCCGGUGUCAAACUGCCCAAACUUCAACUCCAGACCUUCGCAGGUGAGCUGACACAGUGGUUGCCAUUUUGGGAGCAAUUUCGUACGGCGGUCCAUGAAAAUGUAAGAUUAACGAAGACGGAGAAGUUUCAAUACUUAAGCACCUUGUUGAAGGGUCAGGCAGCAUCCGCUAUUAGAGGACUCCAGGCGACGGAAUCGUGCUAUAACGAUGCAAUAGAGAUACUGACGCAGCGCUUCGGGAACACUGGUCGGAUUGAACGUGAAUACCUAGCGAGGCUAAGAAACCUGCCACCGGUGAGGUUUUCGACAGAUGUGGCGGGACUUCGAAUAUUGUACGACCACGUCCAGUCCAAUAUAAGAGGUCUGCGAGCGUUGGGAAUACCGACUACCACCUAUGCGUCAAUGAUGGUUGAUAUUCUCCUGUCGUCUCUGCCCUCUGACAUGGUCGUGGAGUAUCAACGCAUGGUGCGGUAUCGAACUGCUUUGUCCGACACCAACGGAACAGAGAAUGACACGUCAUCACGUGCCUCCGAAUCAACUACUGGGACAGACGCGAAGGCAAGUGACGAGCUGUCCAAAGUGCUACAUUUUGUGCGUGUAGAACUUGAAAGUCGUGAACAAUGUGGCGCGAAAAGCCGCAGUGUUACGCAGCCGGUUCAUCAACAGCUCAGAGUGAAGUCCAGUCGAAACAUUCCAACAGGUGCUGUGCUACAUACGCGCGUGGGAGCUGCCCCUAACUGUGUUUUCUGUGGGUCUACUGAUCACGAUACCCCAAUGUGCAGAGUGGAUAUGCCAACGGCUGACAAAAUGAAGAAGCUUUCGCGAGAGAUGCGGUGCUUCCGCUGUACUAAAAGGGGUCACCGCUCAAAGGACUGCCGUUCCAGGAUCACCUGCAAGCAUUGUGGACGAAAACAUGCGUCAUCAGUAUGCGACCCAUCCAAGAGUACUCUGCCGAAAGAAGUGGUUGGAGAUGUUUCGACCACUACCAACAUGAUGGCCACGAACGGCGCACCGCACAAGCAAAAUAGUGAGGUACUGCUUCAGACUUUCCGUACGUGGGCGUCGUCCGACGCCGAGUGUGCCCUUCUCCGAGGCGUCGUUGACGGGGGAAGUCAGCGCACUUUCGUCCGCGAAGACAUUGCCAAAAAACUGAAGCUAAAAGUAAUCGGUGAGAGCAACAUGCAAAUCAACACCUUCGCUAACGACGCGCCUUCAAACCGGAUACACAAGGGGAAGGUGGUAGAGCUUCGUCUUAGGAGCCAAUAUCACCCAAAGGAGUACAUCAUUCGGGCUACUACAAUACCAUUCAUCUGUAAGGAUCUCACAAGCACUCCGGUGAGUCACGACUUUGUGGAAUGCAUACGCCGUCGGGGAGAGUUCAUCGCAGACGAUCUGUUGCUUCCUAAUGUGACGACUGAAGCUGGCAUUGGGCUGCUGAUCGGCAGUGAUGAGAUGUGGAGGGUACUCACCGGCGAGGUGAAUCGAUGCAACGGAAACGAGAGCUUGGUUGCAGUGGGGACAGUUUUCGGUUGGACCUUCCAGGGACCGACGACGACCACCAGCCACUGCACCGAGCAGUCUACGGUAGCAGUGUGCGUCUUGAAGGCUGGGGUGAUGAUGCAAGAAGAAAACGACGCGCUGAAGAAAUUCUGGGAAUUAGAAAGUAUCGGAAUUGUAGACGAUGCGAGCAUGAAGGCCGAACAGAACUCUGUCGUUUUAGAGGAGUUCGAGCGCAACGUACAACUGCGAGGAGGCCGGUAUGAGGUGGCAUUGCCAUGGAAAGCCCGCAAAGAUGAUCUACAGGACAACUACACAGUAGCCAGAAACAGACUGCAGGGCCUCGUGAGACGGCUGAACCGGGAUGGCAACGCUGGGGACUAUGACAGAGCCAUCCGGACCUAUAUCGAAAGCGGACACGCCGAGAAAGUGACUGAGGACGACGACAAUUCGACCACUGUGUACUACAUGCCUCACAGGGCCGUCACAAGAAACGAAUCUUCGUCGACCAGGGUCCGGGUGGUGUUUGACGCGUCCUCACAUGCUGGUGGAGCAACUUCAUUGAACGACCAUCUUGAGAAAGGCCCGAAAUUAAACACCGAUCUGGUUUCAGUGUUGCUCCGCUUCAGAAUGCACAAGGUUGCCCUAACGGCGGAUAUUCAAAAGGCCUUUUUGCAGAUUGGCAUUCAAAACUGUGACAGAGAUGCUUUGCGAUUUCUGUGGUUCUCUCAAGUCCCGACCACAGACGAACACGAACAGGAGAUUGAAUGCUGGAGGAUGACGCGCGUGCCUUUUGGAACCACAGCGAGCCCUUUCCUAUUGGGCGCUACACUACGCCAUCACCUCCGAGCGUUUGAAGAGUCGGACAGAGAACUGGCUGCCACCUUGAUGGAGUCCUUCUAUGUCGACGACCUGCUCACAGGAGCCGCCACAACAGACGAAGCGCUAGAAAUUGUCCGGAGAUCCAGAGAAAUUUUACAGCAAGCCGGCAUGAACUUAACCAAGUGGGCCUCUAACUCUUCUGAGCUGCAGAGUGCAUUUGAGCACGAAGAGAACGGCACUGAUGUCGGUGAAAAGUCCUUCUCGGAACCUACCCAGGCCAAAGUACUCGGGGUGGCGUGGGACAGGAGUACCGACUAUUUCAAGUUUUCCGGCGAGCAUCUCCUGAGUGUCAUUACCCGCAUGAGUGACACCAAACGAUCGGUGCUGCAGGCCUCGAGCAGGAUUUUCGAUCCAUUGGGCUUCCUUGCACCCUACACCAUCCGGGUAAAGAUAAUUUUUCAGGAACUCUGGAAAGCAGGGCUCGACUGGGAUACCACGCUUCCAAAUAACAUAUCAACUGAGUGGCGCUCCUGGUGCUCUGAGCUGCCCAGCCUGCGCGAGGUCUCAAUGGAGAGGUGCCUACUACCUGCCAUUGGCACGGUGUAUUCCCAUCAGCUCCACAUCUUCUCAGACGCGUCCCCACAAGCAUAUGGGGCGUGCGCCUUUCUUCGAACCAAAAGUGAUGCAGGAGAAACAAAGGUGCGGCUCAUAUUCGCCAAGUCUCGUGUCGCCCCACUCAAGAAGCUUACACUACCCCGGCUGGAAUUGAUGGGCGCGUUAAUUGCUGCUCGCGUGGCCAAGCUAUUGACCACCGCUCUGAAGAUGGAAGCGAGUGAGGUUAUAUUCUGGACCGACUCGACCAUUGCGUUGAGCUGGAUUAAAGGGGAAGCGAACCGAUGGAAACCAUUUGUUCGCAACCGAGUCACGGAAAUUCAGGAAACCACUGAAGGGUCACAGUGGAGUCACUGCCCGGGUGCAGACAACCCUGCGGAUGCCCUUACGAGAGGACUAACCGUGAAGGCGCUUAUCGAGGAUAAGAAGUGGUUCGAGGGUCCAACCUGGCUGGCAGAGACAAAAGAGAGCUGGCCGCGGUCAUUCGCAGAGGAUGAAGAGAGCGUCAACAAGGUCGAGAACGAGAAAGUAAAAGUGACAGCGUUAGCUGCGCAAGUCGACCCAGCUGUAACAAUUCCUCCGCUGCUUGACCUGAAGAAGUACAGCAGCUAUCUUCGUCUACUUCGUGUUACGGCCUGGAUAAUCAGAUUUUCGCAGAAUUGCCGUUCCAGAUCACGGGUUAUCGGACCACUCACCGCUACAGAGCUCAACCAGGCAGAGAUGUUUUGGGUGACACGUGCACAGAGCGACUGCUACCCUGAAGAGAUGCGUGCACUUGAGCACCAACAGAGGAUACCCGCCGCAUCUAAAAUCGCACAGCUGCAGCCUUUCCUGGACGCUAAGGGAGUGAUGCGCCUUUCGGGACGAUUACAAUGCUCUGAUAAUCCUGAGGAAGUGAAACACCCUAUAUUACUAGCGAAAGAGCAUCCCCUCUCCGAGCUGAUUGCACGAAAUGAGCACCGCCGUGCAUUACACAGUGGCGUACAGACCACGCUGACUCUUCUACGUGAGAAAUGGUGGAUAUCCCAAGCCAGACAGUUGGUGAAAUUCAUCACGCGCCGCUGCAAAGUUUGUGCAAGGUUCCGAGCUACUCGGGCAACGGCCCCCACUGCACCUCUACCAGCUGAUCGCACGAACCCAAGUCACCCUUUCGACACCACUGGAAUUGACUUUGCAGGGCCUGUGUAUAUCAAGACGUGCAAGGGGUCAUCUACGAAGUCUUAUAUUGCCCUUUUUACUUGUUCUACGACAAGGGCCGUGCACCUUGAAUUAGUCACGGACCUGACAACGAAGUCCUUUCUCUUGGCUUUCCGGCGAUUUAUUUCCAGAAGAGGAGCACCUUCAACCAUUUACAGCGACAACGCUCUUACUUUUAAGAAAGCAGCGCGAGACAUUGCGGAGCUGUGGAAUAUUAUCCGGAGUGUCGAUUCACAAGACUUCGCCACCACAAACCGCAUCACUUGGAAAUUCAUCGUGGAGAGAGCCGCUUGGUGGGGUGGCAUGUGGGAAAGAAUGGUGCGGACAGUGAAAACUUGCUUGCGAAAGAUCCUGGGACGGCAGUGCUUAACGUUCGAGGAGAUGACCACCAUACUGCACGAAGUGGAGGCCAUGGUGAAUUCCCGUCCCCUCACGUUCCUACAUUCUUCCCCAGAAGAGCCCAGCGCAUUGACACCUGCGCAUUUGCUACUUGGAAAAACACUGACUGCACUGCCCGAACAGCCUGGCGCAGUAUCAGUACCAACGUCCCACAGAACUAGUGUCAAUAGGAAGUGGAUUCAUCGACAAAAGCUAGCAGAUCAAUUCUGGAAACGUUGGAAGAAGGAAUACCUUCUAGAGUUGAGAUCAGCUCAUCAGUUCGGUGUUUGUAGUCCAACCAAUCUUACAAAGGGUGACGUCGUGUUACUACAGGAAGACAAGAGUCCUCGACAUUUAUGGAGACUGGCGCGAAUUACCCAGCUCUAUAAGGGACGAGAUGGUAAGGUGCGGUCGUGUGAAGUGAAGCUAUCGAGUGGCAAUGUGACUCGCCGACCAGUUCAGCUCCUGUUUCCCUUGGAAGUCAAAGAAACUAAUUAG